AUGGCCAACUUCCAACACUGUAAAUACCGGGAAAUUUUUGGCCAACCGAGAAACGACUCAAGCUUAAUUUUCGGUGUGUGGAGUGAGCCUUUUGUAGAGGAGGUCACUCUUGGUCCAGAGGUGGAGUAUAUUUUAGUUGUCUGUGAAAAUAACGCGUCGGAAAUAGUGUCGAAGACGUAUCAUGCUUUGAUUGCAAGGCGUCCGGAAUUUGAAGAAUUGGACAUGCUCAAGUUAAAGAAACGACAGGUUGAAGUUUCGCCCAAGGAAACUCUCAACGUUAUUAUGAUAGGUUUAGAUGGCUUAUCCCGGCACCAGUUCCUGAGAUCGAUGUCAAUGACGCAGUCUUUUUUAAACAAGGGAAAUAACACGUUCGACAUGACGAUGCACACACAAACAGGCACGAACACUUUUCCGAAUUAUGUCCCUUUGUUGACGGGAAGAAGCGAUACUGAGAUUGAACGGUACUGGAACUCAAAAAAACACUACACUGAUGUUUUUGGUUUUGUCUGGAAGGAUUUCAUGGACGCGGGUUACAAGACUUUAUUUUCCGAAGACGUGCCGUCCAUCGGCGGUUUCCAUUUCAUGAAGAAGGGUUUCCUAUCUCCUCCCACGACUUACUACACGCAUCCUAUAUGUUUGGCUAUAGAGCGCGAUGAGAAAAUAUGGAAGGCGGGGAGGUAUUGUAUAGGCAACACUCCGGAAAUUGUAUUUCACUUCAAUUAUAUAGAAAAAAUGUUCGACACUUUUAAAGACGUGCCGUUGUACGCUAUGGCCUUCAUCACAAAACUCACCCACGGGGACAUGACUUUAUCUAAGCGGGUGGACGAACACAUUUUAAACUUUUACACAUCGCUGGAAAAAAAGGGCCAUCUGAACAACACCCUGCUCAUCACAUUCUCCGACCACGGGCCCAGGUGGGGCUCAAUCCGAGCCACGAUGAACGGCAUGGUGGAAAGCCGGGCCCCGUAUCUGUUUCUAACCUUCCCGCAGUGGUUUCUAGACAAGUACCCGGAUGUUGCCGCUAACCUAAAAACCAACACGCGUAGACUUACCUCUCACGUCGACACCCACGCCACGCUGCAGGAUUUAAUCUACUUCAAGGCCACAGGAAACGUUCCCAUCGUCCCAGACAAACUCGGAAUCAGCCUUUUCCGGGAAAUUCCGAAAAAUCGAACCUGCGACGACGCGAAAAUUCCCAUGGAAUUCUGCCUCUGCAACCAAAACCAAAUGAAGAUGGUGUUCCCGAACAGCGCCAUCUUCCAGAAACUCGCAGAACUUCUUUUAAAAUCUAUCAACUCUAAACAUAACUCCAGCUACUGCGUGGAGCUGAGCCUGCACAAAGUUCUUCAAAUCGUGGAGAUCAUGUUACCCUUCGUCGGUCGCGAUGACAAGCGCCUGUAUAAGGUCAAAGUUCAGACGACGCCCGGGGACGCUGUAUAUGAAGGAACCGUCAAGACCCCAAAAGUAGAGGAGUCCAUUCUGUUAGAGUCUUUAGAGAAGAUCGGCAACGGUACGAAGAUUGAAGACGAGGGUAUCAGCAUGGGAAAGACCGUUGAUAGAUUGACGCUGUAUAAAGGACAGGCAGACUGCGAGGUUGAUGCGGCGAGAAAACCGUAUUGUUAUUGUAAAAAUUUAAUAGUUGUGUGA